AAGAGUAUAUGUCAAUAAUUAUUCCCCUUAGUUUAUGUUUACAGCAUUCGCAAUGUCAACUUUACUGAAACUGUUUUCAAGGCCUAAUUUAAAGGUUUUGCAGUAUAGUCAUCUUGCGGCGACAUCAUACUUUGUAUCAUGUAAGUUUGGCACCACUCAGAGAUUGGAUUCCACCCAUUACUUCAAAACUGCACAGGAGGCUGUGGCGGACAUACCAAGUGGAGCAAAGCUGCUGGUUGGAGGUUUUGGCCUAUGUGGGAUCCCAGAGAACCUAAUAGCUGCCUUGUUGGAGUCUCGGCCUAGCGAUCUGACUGUUGUUAGCAACAAUGCCGGCGUUGAUGAUUUCGGUCUUGGACUACUUCUGAAACAGAAACAGAUAAAGCGUAUGAUAUCAUCGUACGUGGGAGAGAAUGUAGAGUUUGAGCGGCAAUAUCUGAGCGGUGAAUUGGAGGUGGAACUUACACCUCAGGGCACCCUGGCUGAACGUAUUCGUGCGGGUGGGGCAGGUAUCCCAGCUUUCUUUACCCCCACAGGAUAUGGAACACUGAUACAUGAGGGCGGGGCUCCAAUCAAGUACAACCCUGAGGGUGGCAUUGCCAUUGCCAGUGAGAUGAGAGAGUCCCGGCUGUUCAAUGGUCGUCAAUACAUCAUGGAGGAGGCCAUCACAGGAGACUUUGCCCUCGUCAAGGCAUGGAAAGCGGACAAAAUUGGCAACCUAAUGUUUCGGAAAACAGCUCGCAACUUCAAUCUUCCAAUGUGCAAGGCAGGGCAUAUCACCAUAGCUGAAGUUGAAGAGAUUGUAGAGAAUGGGGAACUGGACCCAAAUGACAUACAUGUGCCACAUAUAUAUGUACAGAGGCUCAUUAAGGGGCCCAAAUAUGAGAAACGUAUUGAGCGUAAGAAGCUCUUUAAGAGGGAGGAGCCACAUGAGAUGUCAGAAGGGGAGGCCAUGCGUACCCGCAUCAUCAAGCGAGCCGCAAUGGAGUUCCAUGAUGGAAUCUAUGCAAACCUGGGUAUUGGUAUGCCAAUGUUGGCCAGUAACCACAUCCCGCCCGGCAUGACCGUCCACCUGCAGAGUGAAAACGGCAUCCUCGGACUGGGUCCCUUCCCGACAGCGGACGAGGUAGACCCGGACCUGAUCAACGCAGGGAAAGAGACUGUCACCAACUUGAAGGGCAGUAGCUUCUUCUCCAGUGAUGAGUCAUUUGCCAUGAUCAGAGGAGGGCAUGUUGACAUUACAAUACUUGGUGCUAUGCAAGUUUCUAGAUAUGGCGAUCUGGCCAACUACAUGAUCCCAGGUCGUAUGGUGAAGGGCAUGGGUGGGGCGAUGGAUCUGGUGUCCAGCGGUAACAAGGUGAUUGUUACCAUGGAGCACACAGCUAAGGGAGGCAAACACAAGAUUCUUGACAACUGUGACCUCCCCUUGACUGGACAGAAGUGUGUCAGCACCAUCAUCACAGAAAAGUGUGUAUUUGAAGUGGACCCUGAGCAGGGCCUCAUCCUGACGGAGAUCGCAGAUGGUGUGAGCGUACAAGACAUCGUAGAAAACACAGGCUGUGAAUUCAAGACCGCCGACAAUGUGAAACACAUGGGUCAGACGGAUGUAUAAUGGCGGGCAGCGGAGACGAUCAAGCCAAUGGGUCAGGUAGAGAGCUGAAGGGCGUCACUCAUUCACUCAUUACUAGUCAUCAGUAGGUAUUCACUCACCUGCCACUGGUACAAGCUGCAUGGUCCGGCCAUCUAGAGGGGGGAUUUUAAAAGGCAGCAAAGAUGAUAAUGGUUGCAUUUUGUGACUGUUUGAAGGAAUUUAUUGUUUUUGAAAGAUGGCAAAACAAAUUAUUUGUAAUCAUGAUGUUAACAUUUUGUACAUAUUAAUCAUGUGUACAUUAGUUAUGAUGUAAAGGUUCCUGAAUUUCUUCUAUUAAACACUUAAAGAAAACAAUAAUGUUAAUUAUGCAUGUUCAGUUUUUAUCCAGAAUAGAGUGCUAUUAACCAUUUCAUGAACUGAUUAUUAUUUUAACUGCUGAUGUUAUGAUAUUUUCGUGCGAUAUUUAGUUUUAAUUCAUAUUUGAUUGCAUAAAUUUGUUGAUGACUUUUGCUAUGAAAUCUACUGUCAAAGUUAACUUUGUAUAUUUAUGCAUUGAUUGGGAUAUAUGUGCUUUGUGUUUGUUUUGUACCAAGGCCAGUUUGUAAUAAUUAUGUUUAACUAACUCGCUCAAAUCAUAAUGUUUGCUAAUAGCUGUUUCUUUUAUUAGGACAGAGAUCUGAAUUGUCCAAUACAUUCACUUGCCUUACCCAGAUUCUAUAAACAUACAUGUACAAUAUACAUUAAGAUUAUCUACAAGUAUAAUAACAAGUUAUAAUAUUUAUUUUAAAGCUCUGAACUAGUACGCCAGCAUUCAUAAUAAAUAAAUCAUUAAGCUGAACCCAGUGAAACAUGUAUAGUUUUAUUAUUUUUCUUAUAAAAAUGUUUCCCUUAAACAAAUUAUCACUUGUGGCAUUAUAUUAAUUACUCAUGUUAAAAUUAAAACUCACUCUUUGAAGUGCUUAAAACAGGUUUUUAUUGUACAUGAAAAUUAAACAUUAUGAAUAAUAAAAUCAAAAACUGUG